UUCGGUGGUCUUGUUUUCAUCUUGUGUGAGUCACAAUUGGGGUUAUUAAUCUGCGUUGUAAGGAAAGCGAAACUUCUCUCAGAGAUUCUCAUCCGCACGCUGCAUGGGGAUUAACGGUACCCUGUUCUGAGAAGGUUCGGUGCGGGAAUUCCCCUGUUUGACUCAAUAGGGGAAUGCCGCACUGUUAGUCAGGAAAAUCCCCGCGUCAAGUUCCCCUUUCUCCUCUGCGUUGGAGCAGAUCUCACAUUCACAGCCGUUCAGUCGACUCGUGGUAGAUGGCAAGCAUGGCGACCCAGCGGAACUUCUCCGUCGAAUCCCUCGGCCAGGGUCAGUCUAUCCCACCGUCUGUACCGCUAGUCCUGCCCAAUAACCUGGAGUACGACCUCGGCACGCACACCGUUCGGCGCAGGCCGGGGGUUGAGCGGUCAUCCCUGACGGUGGUGGCCGAGGCCAUGUCGCUGCUGGCGGGUAUUGACGCCCCGGUAGCGGUGGUGGCAGUGACAGGACCCUGCCGCUCGGGCAAGUCCUACAUGCUGUCCCGCAUGCUGGGGUCCUCAGACGCCUUCCAACUAGGACACUCCUUCGAGCCAGAGACUUUCGGAAUAUGGAUGAGCACCAAGGUGUUGACAUGUGACGGGCUGACAGUGGUGUUGCUGGAUACGGAGGGUAUCGACGCCGUUGAGGCUGAGGCCCAAAACGACGCCUCCCUGCUGGUACUGACCAUCCUGUCCUGCUCCCUGCUAGUGUUUAACACCACGUCUGUACCAAAACAGGGCCAGUUGGAAAAGCUACAGUGCUUUGCCGAGUUAGCAGAGGCCGUCCGUAUUUGGAAAAGCGGCGAGCUGGACCACGAGGAGUUCAGCCGUCAUUUCCCCGACCUCCUCUGGUUACUGCGGGACUCCACUCUCACGCCGACCGACGCCGACGGAAACCCAAUAGAUGCUCGGAGCUACUUGACCAAGAGGGUCCUGAAAGAGAGCGGUAAGUUCAGACCCACACCUAGCGACAUGGUCAGCCGGGCCAUCACCGGCUUCUUCCCGGCCCUGGACUGCCGCACGCUCCCACCUCCGUCCAGCGACAAGCACGUCAUGCAGAAUAUCGAGACCAACCAGGACAGGCUGGACCCUGAGUUCAACCAAGGCAUGGAUGACCUGGUGAAGCACAUCUUGUCUACUGUCAAGCCCAAGCAAGGCUUCGGACAAGGAAAGACAGUUACGGGCCGUCAGCUGGCAGCCCUUGUUCAGCAUUACGUCGCUACCCUGAACGACCCUAGGUCCAUGCCGACCCUGCAGACCGCCUGGGACGCCGCGCUCAUGACGCUGGUGGAGGACACCGUGCGGGAGCUGCAGGAGAGAUAUGUACGGGAGAUGCGCCACGGAAUAGAACAGGCUGGCGGCAUGCCUCUGGAGGAAGAUCCCACCAGCAGUGUGCCAUCCAUGAUGUCCCUGCACCAGGCUGUGUUUGAAGGGCUCCUGGACACCCUGAAGGGUCGGCUCCACACGUUUUGUGAGGUGGCCGAGAUGACACAAGCCGUGGUGGAUUUGACAGCUGGCGUCAAUGGAACCCAAGAUGGCAGCCACGGGAUCCUGUCCACCCUUCUGAGUGAGAACCGCAACAGCUCCGAGAGUUUCUGUAAUCAGCUGAUCCAGGACCUUUACAAGCCCAUCAGCGAUAAACUAGCAUCUCCGCCGGAGGACUAUGAUAUCAAGGCCCUUGAAGCUGACCUGGCGCAGCUGAAGGCGACAUAUGAUGAGAACGCCAGAGGACCGUGCAAGCACAAGGUUUACCUGCAGUUCGCAGAAUUCCUGGAGGGACAGAAGACAACAUUUUCUACCAUCAAGGGUUUCCAAGAGGAAGAUUACAAGCUACAGGAGGAGACGCGGCGGCGGGAGGCUGAGGUGGCCACCCUGCAGGAGGAGAGGCUGCAGGUGGAACGCCAGGUGGCGCUGUCCAUGAAAGAGCAGCAGGACCAGGUGGAGAUGCUGAUGGCUGAGUUUGGUCGGGAAGUGCAGAAUCUGAAAGAGGAAGAAAAAGAGCGCCGAGACGCCAUCUUGCGGAACCUGCAGGCGAAGAUGGAGGAGACGGCCCGGCGGAAUGUGGCGAUGCUGGAGGAACUGUCCCAGCGCCAGGAUGGCAUGGUGCAGCAGCAGAUGGAGGCCAUGCAGCAGCAGCAGCGGCAGCAGAUGGAGACGAUGAUGGGGAUGGCAAAGGCCAUACAGGAACGUAACGACAAGCUCGCACAAGAGGUGCAACGACAAGCGGAGAAGACCAAGUCUCCGGGAAUGUUGGACAAGGUCAUGGGUUCCGUGGUCGACAUCUUUAAGCAGGGGGCUUCUCUGUUCCUCAUGUCCAAGUUUCCUCUGGUGGGCGCUGCCGCAGCCGUCGGCGCAAGCGCAGCUCAGGCUGCAACAGGCCGCACCGCCAGCACCAGUACCGUGCCAAAGGCACCAAGCACUAAAUAAACGCGUUAAUGUAGAAGUAAUAGCGCUAGCAACACGCAUGGUCUUUACUUUUACAUUUGCAGCAAAAGAUAGUGUAGAUUUUUUCUCAUGCAUGUAUAUGUAACGGUACAUGUAUAUCACUUUAACGUUCUGACAGUUACUAUACGUGACUUCCAGGUGUCUUGCUUGUUGUAGUGUUUGUCGGGUCAAUAUAGUUGCCAACUACCAGACAUUUUAGUAUUCAAAUAAAGAGUUCAAAUGAUUUCAUGAAAGACGGAAGAAGUGAAACCUAAUGGUGAGAUUUGUCACUCGUCAUUUGUCGUGUAUUUUGGCUGAACUUUUGCGCAUGCUCUUGGUGAAUGUACUGAUAAUAAAAUAUACUCCGCCUUACCCUA